GUGCAGCAGAUCGAUCAGAUGCUUGCCAAGGAGUUCGCUGGUGGUACUAGUACCAAAACGAUUGUUGUCCGCUUAGUAUCCGUAGAACAUGUGAAGACCGACUUGAUGGAAGCCGGUAACCAAGAUUUCUACGCUAUAGUUCUCCACGAAAGUGAAGAUCCAGCUUGUUCGUUCCCUGACGAAAGGAUGACGACUGUUGUGGAAGGGGAGUACGAGGAUGAAGAUUUGAAGUUGUAUGAGGGUGCGACGUGGAAUCAAGAGAUCAUGUUGGAGAUUGCACCUGGGGAAACGUCUAUCCAAGUUUCAGUGUGGGACGCGGAUGCUGGUG